UAGGCAUGGUUGACCUUUGGGCUUGACCUUGAACCUAUACUUACUUUCAAUUUGCUCUGUUUGUAUUAGACACUAUAUUCUUAUCGCCAUGUCUGAUUUUCUAGAUUUCAAGACAUUGGUGAGUUCAACACACUCCAUGCAAAUCUUUAUCAAACACGUGUUUAGAAUUUGUAGUCUGACUGAAAGCUUAGACCAAAGUUGCAAAGAAGAAAAGAUAUACGUAUAAGAAGAGAAGGAGAAAAGAAGUUUGCUGCUCUAAUAUUCCGUAGUUAUAAAAACUAGGUAUGGGAGACACUACAUAUAAAUCUCUAAUACAAAAGAAAGACUAGAAGACUCCUCAUGAUUCUUAAACACGCACAUGAGUAUAAAAUUGCAAUUUAUGAUAUCUUAAUCAAGACUAUGGUAGUCCAUUGUAGAUUUACUUUUGUUUCUUUGCUCUUGGUACGAAAGGACAAUAUGAAAGGACAGUAUGGUUAAUCAUUGAUGUAUCUAAGUUCUUAUCCUCUUGUUGCGUAACAGGUGAAGAUGCCCCUAUAAAUGAAGUAGUGGACUUCAUAUUUGCUGCUCGGAUGGCUGAAAACCCUGAAAAGGAUGUAAAUUACCCAAAUUAUAAUGAUGGAGAAAGAAAUGAGGAUAGCAACACGGAAAGCCUAUUUGGAACUAUGGAUAAGACACUUCGUUUGCUUGAAAUGGGUUUUUCUGAGAAUGAAAUUUCAGCCGCCAUUGAGAAGUAUGGUUCAGAAGUUCCCUUUUCAGAGCUCGCAGACUCGAUCGUUGCGGAUCAAAAUGCUAGUUCUUGUGUGAGCGAGAAGUAUUCCUCAAACUCUUUCCGUUUGAACUGUUCAAGUGCUGACUAUCAACGUAGAGCUUUGGGUAGAGGUAUAGAAUAUGGCCUAAAUCACCAUUUCCCUGGCACAGUGAGGGUAAAAAUGGAGGAAUGUAGUCCAUAUGCUGCUUCUAAUUUUCGGGAUACUGAUGCAAGUCAAAAAUUCAAAGGGAAGCGGCCAAAAGAAGAAUAUAUUGAUGAGCCAUACAGCUGGAAAAUGCCAAAAGAGGAGUACGAUGACGACUCAGGCAGUUCGUUUGGGCCGGCAUGGCUUGAAGCAAUUGCCAGCUCUCGGGUGCCUGUAGCACCCAGAAAGCUCCAUCGUAAAGCAGCUCAAGCGGAUGUAUCUAGGAUGCCCAAACUGUCCAAACCCAAUUCAUGCAGGAGUCUUGACCGAAUGGUAGCUAAAUCUCCUUAUUUCUUUUAUGGAAACGUUAUGAAUUUAUCGCACGACUCUUGGGUCAAAAUAUCACAGUUCUUGUAUGCAAUUGAGCCAGAAUUUGUAAAUACUCAGUUCUUCUCAGCCUUGAGUAGGAAAGAAGGCUAUAUACACAAUCUUCCUACUGAGAAUAGGUUUCACAUCCUUCCAAAGCCACCAAUGACCAUUGAAGAAGCAAUACCGCAUACCAAGAAAUUUUGGCCAUCAUGGGAUACAAGAAAGCAGUUGAGCUGCAUCAGUUCUGAAACUACUGGAAUCACUCAACUAUGCGAUAGGCUUGGAAGAACAUUGAUUGAUUCCAGAGGGCUGCUGUCAGUCGAGCAGCAAAGAGAUCUCCUCCAUCAGGUUCGGACCUUGAAUCUUUUGUGGGUUGCCCGUAACAAAUUGGCCCCCAUAGAGCCAGAACAUCUAGAGGUCAUUCUUGGCUACCCAUUGCAUCAUACUCGAACAGCUGCGUUCAGCCCAACAGAAAGACUUCAAUCCCUCAAACACUGCUUCCAGACAGACACACUGGGGUAUCAUCUCUCUGUGUUGAAGCAUUUAUUCCCAGAAGGGCUGACGGUGUUAUCUAUAUACAGCGGAAUUGGAGGAGCUGAAAUUUCCUUACACCAGCUUGGUAUCAAUUUGAAAGCUGUUGUCUCGGUGGAGCCUUCUGAAACAAAGCGGAGGAUUCUCAAGCAGUGGUGGCAUAAUUCUGGACAAAGUGGCGAGUUGGUGCAGGUUGAAGACAUUCAGAGACUAGCAACUAACAAACUGGAGGCUCUGUUCAAGAAGUUUGGUGCUUUUGACUUUGUCAUCUGUCAGAACCCAGAUAUUUACUCUUCAAAGAGUCCCAAUUCGGCUAUUGAUGGUGUCAGCCUUGCAGGAUUAGACUUCACGUUAUUUUAUGAGUUUGUACGUGUUUUACAACGUGUAAGGAGUACAAUGGAGAAAAACAAGUGA